CAGCUCUUACUCAACCACAAACUAGUAAAUGUGAAGAGCUAAUAGAAGUUGCACAAUAUGUAGUUAGAAAUAUGCAGCAAAACCAACAACAAAAUCAAUCUCUUCAAAACCAAAACCAAAACAAUAAUUAUAAUAAUUGCUUUAGAUCAUUUAAACUAGAAGUGGUAUCUCCAGAGGGUGAGCAUACCCAAAACCAAAACCUCUUAUUCAAUGAAGAAGAAAUAAUAUACUCAUUUUUGUUGAAUGAAAUAGAUAAAUUGUUAGAUAAAAAGGAUGAUGAUA